AUUUCCGGUUGAAUCACGUGAUCGACCGCAUGUUGAACGUACCAAUAACGUCGAGAAAACGAUUUAAUAUCGUUCCGAGCUUUCCUAAUGGAAGCACCCAGCUUACAGGGAUUUUAACUGAAAAUUCGAAUUUAACCCACUUUCAGACUAAAGAGUUGUGCCGGCAUUGCGGUUCUGAAGUCGUAGAAUUUAAAAAUCAUCGUUUUAAGGACGAAUCACUAUUCAAGUUAUGUUCUUCACCAAUAUGCGUUGCUGAUGCAUUUGAUGACAGUUGGGCGGGUAAUUUGCCAUACGGAAACGAUCAGCCAAUUUUGGUACCUUUACCGAUAAAACCAUCUGUACCGUCUCAAAACAAUGACUAUCAAGAUAUUCUAGACGAGAUGAAUGGGUGUGUCACAGUUCCUCACCAAACAGAAAAUACUUCAGACCUUUUACCGGUUGAGUCCAACUUUGUUCCAAUAAAAACUACUGAAAAUUGUAAACUAAGUGAAGAUUCUUCAGGAAUAGAUGUUCAAUCUUGCUCUUCUUCUAAUUCUGAUAAUAAAAUGAAGAUGUCUAGUCAAAAUGUAUUUUUGAAGUUAAAAAAUGAAUUACCGGACAAAUCUCAACUUGAAAAGAGAUUCAAAGACGUGCAAAAAUGGCCUCAUUGGAAAAAUGAACAUAAUCUGUGCUGGUUAGACGUUUUACUCACAAUUUUCGUCCAUAAUUCAGUUUUAAGAAGGCUUCUAAGGAUGGAGGAGAAUCAUAGGACCACUUUACACCAAUUAAUAGCUACUUACGAUGAUAUGAUACUGCUAUUGAAUCCGCAUUUAAGAAGAGUUUCGCCCGAAAGUGAUAUUGAGGGAAGAUAUGAAUUAGAUAGUUCUUCGGUUGAGGAUGUAGUGGAACAACAUAUGAAUAAUAUUCGUUUCACAGUUCUUGACUCCUUAAUACCUGAUUUACGAAAUUAUAAAAUUGGUAAUGCUGAAAGUCCAGUGAAUGCCUUAAAACUACUCAUGAAAAAUUCUGCUAAUAUACGGCAAUUUCUACAAGUUGAAUUCACAAACACAACUGUAUGUCAAACAUGUGGAGCGUCCGAUACAACAAAUUUAGUUAGAGACUUUGUCACAAUACCAUCUCCAACUAAAAACCUAAGCUUUAGAGCACCUACCUACCUUCGAAAGUGUCCUAAUAUCAAAUGCAAAAACUUGGAAGCCCAUAGCACUAUAAAAUGGAAAAAUUUACCUCCCUGCUUUGCGUUUCUAUUUCCAAACGGCUAUAAUCCUGAAAAAUCAAGAAUUGGCAAUAUAUUGCAGUACCUAAAUUUUGAAUUUGAGCAGAAAAUGUACAAGUUGAGAGCUGUUAUUCAACUUGUUGAGAAGAAAUUUAAAGGAGCAGUCAAUCAUUUUAUAACUUGGAUCAGGGAUUACGAAUGUGGCCACUGGAUGCGAUGCGAUGAUUUAUCGAAUGCUGAACUACGUUUCCAGAAAAAUACACCUCUGAUCUAUUCCACUGAAAUUUCCAUGCUAUUUUUUGAAAUUUCCGAUGAAGAUCCUGUAAACCUUAAACCUAGAGUGACCACACCAGUACGUACCAAACAAGCUCAUGCAGCUAUUCCGAAUCCUAUUCAGCACAACUCUAAUGGAAAAUCAAAAUUUGACUUCAGUUCUCUAAGUAGUUUUCCAUCAUAUCAGAGAAAAAUAUCGCAUUCAUCACUUUCAUCCCCCGUUUCUGAACCUUCGGGAAGACGAAGGAAGCGAACGAGGGAUAGCCUUAGUGUAACAAAUGGGGUGACAGUGAAUCUUAUUCCUAUAUGUAAAAAGCCCAAAAAGUCGGUUAAAGAGACUCUAAUUCCCGUAAGCGAAAACACUACGUCAAAAGUUGAACAGGUGCCAUCCGAAAUUAAGGAAGAUGCAAGUGUCAAUGCAGUGGAUGAAUCAGAAUGUAAGAAAACAGAAGACAAUGGAAUGAGCGAACAUGAUAUUACAAGAAUAAUUGAUCCUUUGCUCCCAAACAACUUGAGUACUGAUUAUGAUUUAAUGAGAGCAUUGAAUGACGAUAUUCUAUCGGGAUUUCUAACUGAAACUUAA